UACGGCUGAAUGACGGACGGUUUCAUCACAACUCGUGCAGCGCCGCCUCAACACCCCCCUGAAGAGCAAAGUUAUAUAUUUCUUGACACCAGCGCAGAAUAUGCGAGAACAGCAAACCCGCUCCAGCGCGACGUGCAAGCCGUAGUUUAUAGAGAUGAGGUUUUACCUUGGCUGACCUACAGUAGAUCACAGCAGACGGCGCUUGAAUAACAAGGAGACACUGAGUUACCGAACAGUGCAUUUCACUUACUGUACGGAGCCGCGAUAACAGCACGCUGAAAUACUUGCGGGGACACUUUGCGGCCGUGAUCACAUGUGCAAAAGGGAGCUACAGUCAAGGGGAUACAACGCGCCGUGGUACUUUUCUCACCGUGCCUGUCAAGAGAAAUCGACCAAAAAAGGGGACACGCUUGGAUUCGGAAAUAAUAUUUAGACUCGUGUUUUUGUCGACAACGUCUUGUCUUGCUUCGUGGCUAGUUAGCUAGCUGCUUGGCUAACUUGAACUCGUGCUGCCGGACACUUUCAGAGUGCCACGCUGACGCUCACGGGGAGUCGGACAACACAUGAUGUACACAAUAACUAGAGGUCCCAGCAAACUUGUUACACAGCGAAGAACAGGUCCCACCCAACAGAUUGAGAAUAAAAUCAACGACUUGAAACACAAACAGACCCCUUGGUCAGUGACAAACUCUCCUGCACCGAAGAUCGUGUUUAAUCGUUUGAACGGGAAGCGGUACCACACGUCGCCCACCCCGCAGGGAGACACGCCGGCCGAGGGCUUCACCGCUGCACAUGAGGAGAACGUCAAGUUCGUGUACGAAGCCUGGCAGGAGGUUGAACAGCAGCUGGGAGACAGCGGUCAAGCAGAGAACGGUCAGCACGAUGACGGUCAGGCAGAAAACGGUCAGCCACUGUGCAGCCAGGGACCAGUGCAGUACUCAGAAAAGACCCCUAAUCCGAGCAUGAAGAACUUUGUGCCCAUCGACCUGGAGGAGUGGUGGGCGCAGCGCUUCCUGGCCAACAUCGCCAACCUGGCGUGACAAGAGGACCGAGCUGCAGGGAGCCAGGGCAGGCCUGACUGGGGUCGUGGGGGUCGGAGGAGGGCUCCAGCGGACAGGAGGAGGAGGAAGAGGAGUGGCCGGGGCGCGGCCACGACGGACAGGCGGUGCCCAGGCACUCAGGACGGCACCGAGACACCCGCUCUGCCUCGUCCACCCCGCCGCCCGCACGCCUGUCUGAACUCUGACCUCAUAACCACUCCUCCAGCACUACCACAACCACUAACCGCUGUCCAGCUUCCACACACCGAAGAUGGAGAAAAAUCAGUGAUUCACUCUUUUCUAGUGUCUUUAUAACAACCCCACACUGUUCUGAGAUGCAAUUGUCCAUAUUACUAAUAAAAGGAAAAACAGCAUGUGGUAUUUUUGAAGAUCUUGUCUGUACUGUGGUGAAAUUCAAACUGUAUGCAUCAGCCUCAGUUUGGUGCUCUUAUUGAUAGCGGGCUCCAAAUCAGUGUACAGUACCACAUGUGUCCACAGGAUGUCGCUGUAACACUGCAGUGAUCAUAUCUGCACUGUAUUCUGAAGGCAAACUCAAGAGUAUGCUCAGUAAUCAUUUUCCCAUAGAGUACAAAUGGUUUCUGCUUUAUCAGCCAAGUAAAAAGGAUACACAUCUGGAGAGAAAUUAUCAUUGUCAACUU